AUGUCGUUCCCGAAGUUGCAACCUGCAAUGACGGUGCUCGUUCAAAUUGCUGCCCCAAUGGCAGUCGGGAGCGGGUCGAAAGGGACGCCAUUGAAUGUUAUUCCCAUGACGAGUGGAACGAUCAAGAGCGAACCUGGAUUCGAGCCAGCAUUGGAUGCCGUGCUCGACGGUGUUGGAUAUGAUUACAUCCGGAAUGAUGGGUCUGGGGAGCAUAUGCGUCUCGACGUUCGCUCUCAGGUGAAGAAUUCAGACGGCACUUUGCUUGCACUAUUCUACAAGGGAGCAGUAGCACUUAGCCCAGGGGUGACCGCGAUCCUCUCAGGGGCCGCGGAUGCGAAAACGACUGGGUUCGGAGACUCAUUUGUCACUAUGAAGUUUGAGACUGGCUCUCCAGCGUAUAAAUCCCUUGAAACCAUGCUCCUGGUCGCACAGGGUCGGUUCGUGAAGGAGGCGGACGGUGGGAUUACGGUGGAGUACCGAGUCAGCAAGGUCCUAGCUGGUUAAGAUGGCAGCCGAGAGAAUUGAAUGGUUGCGGAUCUCGUUCCUUUACGGAUCUGGAGGAGUGGAUCAAGGAUCAACCAUUAAUCUAUUUACUAUUAUGAAGCGAAGUGAUCAAGCAAUUGCAGAUCCGAAGAUCCUCUGGGCGUUGUUUCUUAUUUUCCCACAUCCGACGCCCGUUCCGGGGAUGACGGUUGACAUCAUCCCGGUCAGAGAAUCCGCCGGUGUGGCUAGUGCAACAC